CACCCCUGAAAUUCUCAGAGCGACCAUGGCUUCUUUGAGGAUCGCCACGUGCGGGUUCGCAGUCCUGAUUGCCAUCUGCCAGUUUGGCGCCGCUCAACCUGGGCUGCCUGGCGGAUGGCAUAGGCACAGCGUCGGCGACAACACCCUGUUCGAGGAACUGGCGCACUUCGCUAUAUCGCGACAGGUUGGUGACCGGGAGUACUUCGACACCGUGCUCGAACUGGUCGAUGUGGAGAGUCAGGUUGUGGCCGGUACAAACUACCGAAUCAAGUUCAAGGUGGGUGAAUCUACAUGCAGGGUAACAGAAACAUACACCAAAGAGGCUUGUGUUCCACAAUCCAGGGAGACGGUCAAGGAUACCUGUACAGCAGUCAUAUACGACGUGCCCUGGCUGAAUGAGCGAUCUGUGUCGUCUUUCACCUGCGAAGGAAGCAGCGCAUCCACCUAGAG